AUGCACAAAAAAGUUUCGUCAGAUUCAAAGAUUGAGUUCUUUUCUAUAGAUUGUAAAACUAGACCUUUAACAAAAAACUUAACUUAUGUAGUAAGCAAUAAUCUUCCUUACCCUAUUAACGUCGCCAGAAACGUCGCCAGAUUAAACGCUAAAACACAUUACGUCUUCGCUUCAGAUGUUGAGUUGUAUCCCAGCGAGAACAUAAUUCCUCGAUUUCUUCGUCUUGUGGAGAAUAUGAAAAAGAAAAACUCCAACUUCGCGACGAAACGCCAGGUGUUUGUGUUACCCGUUUUUGAGGUGAAGUCAGGAAUACAACCACCGACAAGAAAAGAAGAUUUACGUACUCUUAUGAAGCGGAAAGUUGCCGUAUCUUUUCACCAAUACGUCUGUGACGUAUGUCAUCGGAUCCCACAUCUAGAUCGUUGGUUAGCAACUAAAGGCUCACCAAUCGCUUUGAAGAUUUUUAUGACCACCGUACAAACGAUAAAAUUCGGCUGGGAACCGUUUUUCAUCGGGACCAAUAAGGAUCCACUAUUUGAUGAGAGGCUGACGUGGAACGGAAAAAAUAAUAAGAUGCAAGUCUCACACGAGCUAUGCUACUUGAGAUAUGAUCUUCAUAUCUUGGACGACGCCUUCCUUGUCCACGCCCCUGGAAUCAAAAUGUUCGACAGAAACAAUAAACUUAGACAACCAUUCAUGGCUAAGAACAGAAGAAUUUUCAGAAAGAUCCUGAAGCAGCUUCGAGAGAAAUACAAAACUGUAGAAUGUGGUGUAAGUUAAAAUAGGAAAGUUUCUCUAGAAAUCAAAUAUUUAAAAAAAAUAAUGAAUUAAAAAAGUUUAUUGGUUGUAAUAUCAAGCGGAGUGCAUCUCGUGGCGUGGCUGGCCGGCCAAUAGAAAUGGGCGUUUCUUUAAAACGUCCAAACGUUUAACAAUAGCACAAAGUGUACUAUUUGAUCGAUAUAUAAAGACUCGAAUAUUCCUGCAAAUGGAAAAUUGUUUGAAGAAAGAAAAUAAGAAUUAGGAAAAUGUAUAGAAAGUAGGCUAGUUGAAAUAUUCAGUUAUCAUUACCGUUUCUAGUUGUAAAAUUAAAAGUUUAAUAUUUUAUAAGUUUUAUUAAUAACAGCCAGCAACAUGUUAGAAAUCAGGUCCAAUAAUAUUUAUCUCGUGAUGUCUUCGCUAGAAAAGCGGGAAAUAAAUAGUAAAGAUUAAAAUUUUAAUUACGUUCAUUUCUCUAACGCAUAACCUCAAUUACAAAAUGUCUGAUUGUUUUAAGAAAGAAAACAAAGUUGCCUAAAAAUCCGCUACUAAAGAUGUCAAUUUCAGUUUGCUUCUGUAUUAGAUGUACGUAAACAACGGUGUAAGAAGUGCACCUCAAUUACUGUGUGUAGUUAAUUACACCCUACACUGAUCUGUGAUAAUGUAUGUUAUGCAAAUAUACGUAGUUUCUCGUUUAGAACGAAAAUUUUCGAGUCUUCGCUUCUUGUGUAAUUUGAAUAAUUUUCUGUAUUGCUGCUGCUUUAAAAGGUUUUGUAAAAAUAAA